AUGGAGGGCCAGCUGGAAAAGAGAUUUACGUAUGAGGAUGGGAAAAAGACUGCAGACUGGCUACUGGCCAGCACCAAACACCGGCCCAAGGUGGCCAUCAUCUGCGGCUCAGGCCUCGGUGGGCUGGCCGACCUCCUGAAGGACCAGGUGGUGUUCGAAUACGCCAAGAUCCCCUGCUUCCCUCAGAGCACAGUUGUCGGCCACGCUGGGAAACUGGUGUUCGGGAAUCUCAGUGGGACGCCCACCGUUGUGAUGCAAGGUCGCUUCCACAUGUACGAGGGUUACCCGCUCUGGAAGGUGACCUUCCCCGUACGGGUCUUCAGUCUUCUUGGCGUCGAGACCCUCAUUGUCACCAAUGCGGCCGGGGGGCUCAACCCCGAGUACAAAGUAGGGGACAUCAUGGUGAUCCAAGACCACAUCAACAUGCCGGGGUUUGCUGGAGUGAAUCCUCUAAUCGGGCCUAACGAUGAAAGGUUCGGGGUUCGUUUCCCAGCUAUGUCGGAUGCCUAUGACCGGGACCUGCGGAAACUGGCGCACACAGUGGCUAGUGAGAUGGGCUCUUCGGGGUGCUUGCGCGAGGGAGUCUAUUGUACUUUAGGAGGCCCCAACUACGAGACCAUUGCCGAAUGCCGCUUCCUGCAGCGAUUGGGCGCCGACGCAGUGGGCAUGAGCACCGUCCCCGAGGUGAUUGUGGCCCGCCACUGCGGCAUGCGCGUCUUCGGCUUCUCCCUCAUCACCAACAAAGCCAUCCUUGACUACGAGACCAAGGAGAAGGCCAACCACGCCGAGGUGCUGGAGACCAGCCGCCAGAGCGCCCGCACCCUUGAGAAGCUGGUCUCCCUGAUGGUGCAGCGCAUCGAGCGCAAUAACAACCUGGCUUAGC